CACGACACUACGAAUCGAGCUUUGGAUGCAGGUGGCAUGUGUAUAAAGGAGAUGAUGAAGAACUCAGUUGGCAUCUGAGCUUGGAUUUCCAUUUCUCUCACUCCACUCCUUUUCCAUGUCCCGUUAUAAUUAGAGGCGCCUCCGGAUGGAUUCAGCGGACGCACCGGAGAUGGCGCGGCAAGCUCCGAGCCCCAGAGCGUCAUCCGAGGCCGUGCCGGUCGCCGACGGCGGCGGCCUGAUCUCCGGGAAGAAGUCGGUCGGGUCUUCGCCGGGGAAGAAGGCCGGGUGCCACCUCAGACAGACGAGGAGCGGGCAGGUGAUGAAGAUGGACUCGGAAGAGGUCGGCAGCGGAGCAAGCCUGAGCCGAGCCUCCAGCGCGAGCUUGGGCUUCUCCUUCUCGUUCACCGGCUUCACUGCCCUCCCGGAAGACAUAGUCUCUGAUAUCAGAGCUUUCCGUGAAAUCGAAAACGGAGCUGAUCUGGAGUCCGGAGAAACUAGGAGAAAGAUGAUGGCAGAGCCAACUUAUCCAAUAUAUCUUAAGUUUACGGAUGUGGGAUACAAAGUAGUUGAGAAAAGAAUAACGAGUAGCACUGAGAAAGAUAUUCUCCUAGGAAUUACAGGUUCAGCUCGGCCUGGAGAACUCUUGGCCCUAAUGGGGCCUUCGGGCAGUGGGAAAACUUCACUCCUCAGUCUCCUCGGUGGAAGAAUUACUGGUAAUAUUAUUCGAGGAUCCAUCAGUUACAAUGAUGAACCGUAUUCCAAGUCCCUGAAGGGCAGGAUCGGGUUCGUCACGCAGGAUGAUGUUCUGUUUGCGCAUCUCACUGUAAGAGAGACAUUGACGUACGCCGCUUUGCUAAGGCUUCCGAAGACGAUGACGAGACGGCAGAAGGAAGAGAGGGCGAUGAACGUUAUCACUGAGCUGGGGCUUCAGAGGUGCCAAGAUACGAUCAUUGGUGGAUCCUUUACUAGAGGAGUGUCAGGUGGGGAGAGGAAGAGAGUGUGCAUUGGGAAUGAGAUCCUUGUCAAUCCUUCCCUGCUCUUCCUCGAUGAGCCGACGUCUGGUCUCGAUUCAACAACAGCGCUGAGGAUUGUUCGAGUGUUGACUGAGAUAGCCGAGUCGGGCAAAACGGUGGUGACGACGAUUCAUCAACCAUCUAGUAGGCUCUUUCAUAGCUUCGAUAAGCUGAUUCUGCUCGGAAAGGGUAGCUUGCUCUACUUUGGGAGGGCAUCGAAAGCCAUGUCUUACUUUUCGUCCAUUGGAUUUUCUCCUCUGAUAGCAAUGAGCCCGGCAGAGUUCAUAGUAGAUCUCGCAAACGGCAACACCAACGAUGUCACAAUCCCGGCGGAGUUGGAGGUCAAAGGGCGGCCGGGAGAAUCAGAUUGGGACGGCAGAAGUGGCAAGCUAUCUCCGGAAGAUGUGCAUGAGUAUCUGGUAAAGACUUAUGAAACGAGAGUCGCCGAGAAGAAGAAGAAGAAGAAAACUCUGGCUCCGCUUCCGAUAAGCGAAGACUUGAAGGCCGCAGUUUCGUCGUCGCGGAGAAGAGAUUGGGGAGCAAACUGGUGGCAGCAAUACUCCAUUCUCUUCUGGAGAGGGUUGAAGGAACGAAGACAUGAUUAUUUGAGUUGGAUGAGGAUCACUCAAGUUCUUACCAUUGCAGUGAUCCUUGGAUUGCUCUGGUGGCAAUCGAACACUAGGACUAUCAGAGAUUUAGAAGAUCAAGCAGGCUUGCUGUUCUUCAUAUCUGUCUUCUGGGGCUUCUUUCCUGUGUUCACGGCGAUCUUCACAUUCCCUCAAGAAAGAGUGAUGUUGAACAAAGAGAGAGCAGUCGACAUGUACAGGCUGAGCGCAUACUUCAUGGCGAGGACGACAAGCGAUCUUCCGCUCGAGCUCUUCCUUCCUGUAAUAUUUCUGCUGAUUGUCUACUUCAUGGCGGGACUGAGGCUCAGCAUUCCUCACUUCUUUCUCAAUAUGCUCGUGGUGUUCCUCACCAUCAUUGCGGCUCAGGGCCUAGGGCUGGCCAUUGGUGCUUCGAUCAUGAACAUCAAGAAGGCAACGACUCUAGCUUCGGUAACAGUGAUGACAUUCAUGCUGGCCGGAGGAUUCUUUGUGAAGAGAGUUCCUGACUUCAUUGCCUGGCUCCGUUUCCUGUCGUUUAACUAUCACUCCUACAGACUACUGCUCAAGGUUCAGUACGACCACGUACCUCCCUCUCUGGAUGCCCCCGAACUCGACAAUGGCGUUAAGGAAGUCGCAGUGAUGAUCGCCAUGGUGUUUGCUUACAGAUUCUUGGCAUAUGUGUCCUUGAGAAGAAUGGAGAUGGCCAAGUGAGGAAAAGAUUAAAUCGCCUUUUUCUUUAAUUUCUUAG